AUGACUAUUGCCAAGGUAGAAGUGGAGCAUGUUGUGGAUGUGGUCAGCAAGUUUGUGAUCGUGUUCAUAGAAGAUAUUCCGGUGCAUUCGAAGAGUUCCGUCGAGCAUGAGGUGAUAUUCGAGAAAGGAAUUGCAGUGGAUCUAGCAAAGAUUGAAGUUGUCAGGAAUUGGCUAAGACCAACAACAGUAAUCGAGGUUCGGAGAGGGCAGAGUUUGAGAAAGAUAAAGAGAGAAGACGAAGAGAGCACCGAGGGAGCAUCCACUUCUUCAUUCAUCUCUCCGGAAGCCGCAGUUGUAGGUAGUGUUCAAUACGAUGUGUUCUUGAGCUUUAGAGGCUCGGAUACCCGCAAGGGAUUCACCGAUUACCUCUAUCACAGUUUGGUCAAGGCAGGGACUGUACCGUUUUGUGUGUUCAGGGACGAUAUCAGCAUCCCAAUUGGUGAGGAAUUUGGUUCACAGAUUUUCGAUGCCAUCGCACGGUCUAAGAUUUCGAUCCCUGUCAUCUCCGAAAAUUAUGCUUCGAGCAAAUGGUGCCUCCGCGAGCUCAUUCGUAUCAUGGACCGCAAGAAGAGCACAUCGCACAUAGUGUUGCCCAUUUUUUACAAAGUUGCCCCAUCGGAUGUGCGGCAUCUAGCGGGAAAUUUUGGAAAUGCCUUCCGUUCAAAGAAGGAGCAUUUUGACGAGAAGGAUAUUCAGGAAGGGCAAUGUGCACUUAACGAAGUCAGCUACUUACAUGGAUGGGAAUCUGAGAAAAUUGCCGACGGGCAUGAGGGAGAAUUAAUAGAACGCGUGGUCAAAACUGUUGUAAGCAAGUUACAGGAAGAUUUCCAGUUAGAUGUGCCUAAGCAACUAGUUGGACUUGAUGGUCGUUUGAAGAAAAUUAUGGAUUGGAUAGACAAUCCUUCCAUCAAUGCUCGAAUGAUUGGAAUUUAUGGCAUGGGCGGGAUAGGCAAGACAACUCUUGCCAAGUGCAUCUACAAUCAACUCUCGGAUAAAUUUGUGCAUGUCAGCUUCCUUCCAGAUGUUCGAGAAACUAUAAAGCGCCACGGUAUUACGCAUCUACAGAGUCAACUUGUAUCGGAUAUACUAAAGGGGAAAAAUGAAGUGUCUAGAGUUGAUGAUGGAAUUAAUAUAAUCAAAUCUAGAUUCCAAGGAAAAAAGGUUCUCAUUUUUCUCGAUGAUAUAGAUGACAAGAAUCAACUAGAUGCUUUGGCUAGGGAACGUAAUUGGUUUAUGGCAGGAAGUAUGAUCAUUGUUACGACUAGAAAUGAAGCCGUUCUUGAUCAAUCUGAAUUUGAAGUAGACUACAAGUAUGAAUUGGGUGAAUUGGAUGAUGAGAAUGCUUUGCUUUUGUUUAACAGACAUGCAUUUCGUAUGGAUCAUUCUCCGUGGGACUUUAUGGAUAUAUCUCAUUAUAUCAUAUCCACCAUGGGUGGACUUCCCUUGGCACUUAAGGUUGUAGGUUCAUACUUGUAUAAAAAAACGAACCGAAAAGUAUGGGAAGAUGUGCUGAAGCAAUUACAAAGCCAACCACAUAAAGAUGUCCAAAAGAUGUUGGGAAUAAGUUAUGAUGCAUUAGAAGAUGACCAUAAGCAGAUUUUUCUCGAUAUUGCUUGUUCUUUAAUUGGCAAAGAGAGCAAAUUCGCUAUGUACAUGUGGGAGGACCGUGGGUUUUAUCCAAAUCAAGGAAUUGAAGAGUUGAAGUUGAGGUGCUUAAUUAAAAUUGGAGAUCAUGGUGAGUUUAAAAUGCAUGAUCAACUGAGAGAUCUUGGAAUAAGCAUUUUUUGCCAAGGGCACCUGCUUGGGAAACGUAGCAGACCAUGGGACAGGGACUAUGGGGGACUCUCAAGAGUACUAAAUGAUCAGAGCUUCUUCUUGUUCGAAGACUUGUUGCAGAAAGCUUCAAGCGGUGACGUCAACGAACUCCUUUCUGAAGUAGGAUGGCUUCAGUGCAGUGUCUUUGGAAUAGAUUCGUCUCUUUGGCCAACCAAUUUGCAUCUACCAGAAUUAGCGGUGCUGGAUUUAACAAACACCUGGGUCACAGAGGAUUGGGAAGGAUGGAGUUCAAUCAUGAUGGCGGCGGAAAAGCGGUUACAAGUUCUCGAUCUUGGAGUUUGCAUGUAUUUAAGAUGUAUGCCUGAUCUCUCAGCUUUCACGCAGUUGAAGAUUCUCAUCUUGAGCAAUUGUUGGCAUAUGGAGUUUCUCCACCCUUCUAUUGGCCAACUCAAAAACCUCGUUUCCUUGAACUUGAGUAGCUGUUAUAAUCUCAAUGAGCUACCAGAGGAAGUGGGCGAAUUAAAAGAUUUAGAAGAACUUCUAUUAGAUUGUGCUCUUGCUUGUACAAAGAUUCCUACGUCUAUUGGCUCUCUAAGGAAGCUGGAGACACUGAGCGCCUGCUCUUGUGAUUCAUUGAGAGAAAUCCCUAGCUCAAUUGCGGAUUUACAGAAUUUGCAACGUCUGGACUUGAGUGGUUCUGCGAUUGAAAAGCUUCCUAGUGCUAUUGGAAGGUUGACAAAUCUGCGGACCCUACUUCUCCAAUCAUGCAAUAGUCUGAAAGGGGCAAUUCCAAGUGAAAUCGGUGACUUGUCUUCGCUCGAGAUUCUCGAUGUGGCUUUUGUACCAAUACCUGACCUGCCAGAAAGCAUCCGGAAUCUUUCUUCUCUCCAACGCCUUUGCCUAUUGGGCUGUAAGAAUCUCCGGUCGCUACCAGAGCUUCCUUCAGGCUUAACACAUCUGUUGGUCUCUUGUCAAAGUCCCAGGUUGCCACAGCUUUCUAGCCUAAUCCACCUAGAAGAACUUCAUCUUCAGGCGUGCAAUCUACUUCAGUACAUCCCCGAGCUUUCACAAUUAAAUCGUCUGAAACGCUUACGCGUUCAGCAUUGCAAUUACCUAAUUGAAAUUGAGGGCCAUGAUUAUUUGGAGUUCUUGGAGGGCAUAUUUAUAGAUGACUGCAAUUCCAUCAAAAGGCUUCUUUGUCCAAGAUCACGGUGUUUGAAGCAAUUAGUGGCUGUCAGGUGCAGUAAUCUAGUCGAAAUUCAAGGUCUUGACGGUGCAAAGUUCUUAGAAAAAUUGGAUUUUACAGGAUGCAAAUCAAUGGAGGCUUUGCCAGAUUUGACGGGAUGUGAGAAGUUACGAUCUCUAGUAGUUAAAGACUGCAAGAAACUUGCUCAACUUCGGGGACUUGAAAAGUUGGAUUUAGUUGAUUUGGAUAUUUCUGGUUGCGAAUCAUUGGAAACGCUACCGAAAUAAUCUAGAAAGAAUACGCAUCCUUGGAAAUUAUGUAGAGAUCCGUCUCGAUAUCUCUCUUGAAAUAUUAUACUGUGGUGAUAAUCAUGUGAUGAAUCUUAUACCCAUAUGACAACAGUG